CUGUGCCUUUUUACAGCUCGAUGUCGCCGCAUUCGUCACAGAGAAGAGCGAGAUGCACGACAUGUACCAUUUGAGAUCCGGGAUGCUUGCACUAUUUGGACGUGCACGGUAUGCGAUAAGAGCGUGCUUGAUAGAAACAAGAAAUUAGGGGGGGUGAAUUGUUGCGGAGAGGAGGGUGGAGUUUAGCCGAUGUGCUUUGUGGACGUGCGUGCUCUGUGCUUUGGGGAGCAUGUGUUAAGUACCUUUGGGUGAUGGAUGCCAUUGCACAACAAAUCAAGACUCGACCUGAGAGCUAAGCCAAGGCAAACGCCAGGCAACAAGUCCAACCUGCCAAUGCUCCAGACGUGCUGAAGAGUAUUUCCGACCGAGCAGGAGAGCGCGACCACGAGAGAGACGGAGAGAGAAAGACAGAGAGCGCGCUCGACGCAGCACGAGACCGAUCGCCAUGGCAUACCAACAAACGGGCGGCAUGCUCAACAACGCCGCAAAUGCCGCCCAAGCAAAUGACCAUCAUGGCCCUCAAGGUGCAGAGUACACGCUACAGGGCGUUAUGCGCUUCCUCCAGAUCGAAUGGCACAACCACGAGCGAGCCCGAAACGCAUGGGAUAUCGAACGAGCAGAGAUGAAGGCAAAGAUUGCAAAGCACGAGGGCGAGUGCCGCCAUGCAAAGAGAAUCAAUGAGCAGCUCGAACGACAAGUGCGCAUGCUCGAGAGCGCACUCAGGCAGGAACGCAAGAAAAAGGGCAGCGACCCCAAUGCGCCCCUCCAGCCAGACGCUGCUACCUUGCACUCUGCCAGACCAUCCCACGACGUGCACAACUCCUUCCUCGAUACAACGCCUGACAAGCAGCAAUACCGGGACAAGUCGAAGAAGUUCCUUGAUCGUUGUCUUAACGAAGUGCAGUAUCUACUGACUCCUCCGCCGCACCCUCCACCGCCGCACAUGUCUAUGCAGAACCCUGCAGCUCCGUAUACUGGUCUGCCGGAUCCUCCGGUCUCGCUUGAUGAUCUCUAUCUGCGCCGUGCUCAGAGGCCGUACCCUCCCUCCGGCCAUGUCCAAUUGCAACAUCCGGUCAAUCUUUCUGCCGAGGACCAGAAACGUCAUCUUGCUCUGUCCAUGCCACCCGCACAACCUCCUACUCAGACUCUGCCUCCACCCCCACAGGCUCAAUCUAUAUCUCUGGACGAGCCUGUAGAGCAGGUUACACAUUAUUACGACUCCUAUGGCCGCCCUGUUGCCCCGACUCCGGAUGCUGCUCCUCGAUCCAUCGUUACCCAGGACUCUUCGGCCGAUGGCUGGAACUUCGAUGACCAACAACCCCAGCCCGAACAAUCUCCUGCCGAUCUGCCUCAGCCUCCCCGAAGGCCGGACACCGAUCUGUUCCCAAGUGCAGCAAAUCCUCCCUCGAAAUCGCCUCCCCGCACUGGGUCAGGCCGUCGCAGAUCCUCAGGCUCGCAGGGCAUGGCCAGGAGAAGAAGUUCUGGCUCUCAUGAUCUCCAUGACAGUGGUGCGGAACUCCCUGCAAAGACAGAUCCUACUCAGUUCAAGGUGAAAUUUGCUCUGCGUGGCCAUCUUGACGUUGUUCGCUCUGUCAUCUUUACCGGCGGCGGCAGCCCAUCAGAACCUGAGAUCUGCACUGCCGGCGAUGAUGGUACUAUUAAACGCUGGAUCAUACCCGCUAGCUACAGCAAUUUCCAGAACCCUGCGACUAACGAUCUGGAUAUUGCUUGUUACUUCACUCACCGCGGUCACGAUGGAAUCGUCACCUCUCUUGCCGCAUGUCCUUCGACGAGUUUCUCCACCGGUGGCCGUGUGUCUGGAGAUGGCUGGAUCUUUUCGGGUGGUCAAGAUGCCACAGUGCGUGUGUGGGAACGUGGGCGAGUUGACCCGAAGGCUACUUUGGAAGGCCACACGGACGCCGUCUGGACCGUCUGCCUGUUACCAGGCACUGUAGCGUCUGUCUUUGGUUCUCAAAGCUCGAAUUUUGGUGGUCCCGAUCGCAUCUUACUUGCCACGGGUUCUGCAGACGGCACUGUCAAAAUCUGGUCAGUCAGUGCUCCUCCUCAACUGGUCUCUCCACAAGCAGGUUCGCGACGUGGUGGAAGCCGUCGCCAUUCCGUCACAUCUGGCAGCAACCAUCCAAGUUCUCCUCAGCCCAACGUGGCUACGACUACACCUUUCCAUUACACGCUUGUUCAUAGCAUUCAGCGCGAGUCUGCUUCUGGGGCAACACCUACUUGCAUUUCUCCUCUUAGUCCGUCGGGUGAGAAUUUUGUUGUUUCAUAUACCGAUUCGAGCGUCCUUCUCUUCGACACGCGGACCGGCGAAGAGAUUAUUGGAAUGGCCAGUAAUGAGACUUACGAUGGAACGUUGGCUACCAGUAUAAACGCCGUUGUUGCCACUAGCAGUGCCUCUCUUGGCCUGGAAACAGGAUCCUCGUAUAUGGAGAGGGCAGAUCAGGAGGAGUCUGUUGGCGCUGGACCGACUGGCUCGGCUCAAGGUGUCGAAGGUGUGAUUGUCAGUGGCCACGAAGACCGAUACAUCAGGUUCUUCGAUGCCAACAGCGGGCAAUGUACCUACACGAUGCUUGCGCACCCGUCGGCCAUCUCAUCGCUCUCGUUAUCAAAGGAUGGACGGGAAGCGGUUUCGGCAGGUCACGACGCAUCCAUUCGAUUCUGGUCGCUUGAGAAGAGACAGUGCACGCAGGACAUCACGUCGCAUCGACCCAUGAGGGGCGAGGGUGUUUGCAGCGUGGUAUGGAGCCAGGACGGAAGAUACGUUGUCAGCGCAGGAGGCGACGGAGUGGUAAAGGUGUUUGCGCGAUAGCGUCAUCGUAAAUCUACUUUGCGAAUCAUCAACGCAAGAGGACCAACUCCAUCAACCGAAUAUGGAGUACAUGUCAAGAAGAAACGACGGCCUUGCUAGAAGGAAUCAACAUGUACAUUAAUGGGGC